UAGUUUUGCAUAUGAGGAAACUGAAGUUCAGAAGAACAGAAGGUCAGUUCCCUGCCGAAGGUCACCCGGCUACUAAAGGAAGGAAUCAGGAUGUAAACUGACAACUGACUUCUAUCUGACGCCAACGUCAGGACUGGUUGAUCAUGACUUCUAUAAAGGAGCAGGCAGCAAUUAGCCGGCUCUUGAGUUUUUUACAGGAUUGGGACAAUGCUGGAAAAGUCGCAAGGAGUCACAUCCUCAACAAUUUCAUUGAAACCAACCAAGGCAGGACUGCCCCUGAGCUGGAGCAGGAGUUUUCCCAGGGGGCCAGCUUAUUCCUGGUGCGCUUGACCACCUGGCUUAGAUUCACCUAUAUGACUGGCACAUGCUUAGAGAAGAUUUUAAGGUCCAUUGGCAUCUUCUUAUCGGCUGUAAGCAGUAAUCGGUACCUUAUAGAAUUCCUUGAGGUUGGAGGCGUCCUAACACUCUUAGAAAUACUUGGGCUGGAGAAGAUCAAAGAGGAGGACAAGAAGGAAUCCAUCAAGCUACUUCAGGUUAUUGCAAAUUCUGGCAGAAAGUACAAGGAGCUCAUUUGUGAAAGCUACGGUGUACGAUCCAUAGCAGAAUUUUUGGCAAAGUCUAAGUCAGAGGAGACCCAGGAGGAAGUGCAGGUUCUGUUGGAUUCUUUGGUCCACGGCAAUCCCAAGUACCAGAACCAAGUGUACAAAGGUCUAAUAGCUUUACUGCCUUCUACGUCCCCAAAAGCUCAGCAGCUGUCCUUGCAGACUCUCAGGACUGCCCAGUCGAUCAUCGGAGCCACACACCCCAGCAUCGUGGACUACGUGCUGGAUGUGCUACGCACGAUGCACCUGGAAGUCCAGUAUGAAGCCAUCGAGCUGAUCAAGGACCUGGUCAACUACGACGUGUGCGCAGCGCUGCUCAAGGGCCUUGUCGAUCUGCUGAUGCCAUCCGUCAAGAAGACCUGCAAACUGCAGCCCAAGAUCCUCAACGACUCUGCAGGGCUCCAGCUCACCCCCCACCUGCCGGUGUUUCUGCAGCAGGCCGCAGCUGCCAAGGCCAUCGGGGUACUGGCGCGCAGCAACACGAGCCUAGCCGAGGAGAUGCUGCACCUGCGUGUGGUGCACGGCCUAAUGGCCGCCAUGGGCAACACGGACCACAGCAACAGCCAGCGGCAGGCCAGCCUCACGCUGGAGUACUUCGUGCAGACGUUCCCGGUGGUGGAGGAGCACGUGCGCAGGUCCAUGGGAGAGGAACUCUACAGGCUCUUCCUUAGCAACGCAGAGGACUUGUACAUGAAAAUAGAUAGUGUCCAGGUGGACAUCUUGGCAGCCAACAAAGUCAGCGUUACCAGAGCGUUAUCCCUCAGCGGCCUCUUCCACAGCAAUACGCACUUUUGCUAUGGCCUUAGUGAUCAGGAGCGGCUGGACGACAUCACUCACUUCCAGGAAGAUAUGGAAGGAAAGGAGUGACAGAGCCUCUGUGGCAAGCGGGGAAGGCCAAGGCUGUGUGACAGAAAGUCCUGCAGAGGAACCUGAGGUCCAUCUCAGGGCAAUCACACUUGGCCCUA